GAAGUUGAAUGGGGAAAUACUUUUGAUUUUGACAGGUGCAAGAGAGGCGGGAAGCGCAAAUUACUGAAUGAAGUGCGUUCUUAGUGAUUUUGACAGAGAUGCCUACAAAGCAGCAGCUGGAUAAGGCAGCCUGGCAGUGGGCCGAGACCACAGACCCCAUAGACAUCACUAAUGAACACAUCAGGACAGCCUACAAAUUGAAUCUGAAGCCCUGUAAAUUAGGAGCCUGUAAAAGAAACUGUAAAGGAAAUCCCUUUUGUAUCAAUUGUAUUGGUGAACGGAAGUGGUUCGGAGAAAUCAACGAUGAUAGCUGGCACGAUAUUGAGGACCCAAAUAAUGAACGCAGACAAGGUCAAGACUUUGUGGGAUUGAAAAAUUUGGGAAACACAUGCUAUGUGAACACAUUCCUCCAACUAUGGUUCCACAGUCCCCCAAUUAGACAAGCCCUUUACAAGUUCAGGGAGACAGAUAUGAUAGACAAGGUGGGUGAUGAGUGGAAACCCAACAGUAUUGGAGGGCACCUGCAAGCAAUAUUUUCUCUAUUGGAGCUUUCUGAACGUGCAUACAUCAGUCCACAGGACUUCAUUGAUCAUUUAGGUCUGGAUGCAGCUCUACAGCAAGAUGCACAGGAAUUUUCCAAACUUUUCCUUUCUCUGUUAGAGGACUGUUUGUCUCAGCAACAAGACCCCACAGUACGCAACAUUAUUCAAGACCAGUUAUGUGGGGAAUAUGCAUACGUCACUACCUGCAGUGGCUGUCAUAACUCAUCUCAAACACAUUCCAAGUUUUAUGAGCUGGACUUGCAUAUUCAAGGUCACAAGACACUGGAGGACUCCAUCACAGAUUUCCUGCAUGAAGAAAAGCUGGAGGGAGACAAUCAGUACAUGUGUUCGACAUGCUGCAGGAAACAAAAUGCCAAGAGGGCCAUACAGUUAAAGAGGCUGCCACCGAUUCUAAAUUUGCAGCUCCUCAGAUUUGUGUUUGACAAGAAGACUGGGCACAAAAAGAAACUAAAUGGCUUCAUUCAAUUUCCCGAAACUCUUGACAUGAGCAAAUUCAUGAACUCAAAUGGUAAUCUGACUUGUGAAAAUAGUUCAGCAAAAGAUGGGUGUAUUUAUAAACUGAAAGCAGUGUUGAUUCAUCGGGGACCUUCAGCAUACAGUGGACACUACAUAGCCCAUAUUCUGGAUGAAAGUUCAGGAGUUUGGUACAAGUUCAAUGAUGAAGAGACGACUAAAAUGAAGGGAUCAAAUCUCCAUCUUGGAACAGAGGAAGAUCUUCAAGAGACAUCUGCUAAGCAGAAGGGAAAAGUUCCCAAGGGAUAUCACUCUUCCAGAAAUGCAUAUAUGGUUGUCUACACCAGAGAUGUGCCCCCAGAAGAAAAAGACAAGACUAUUGAUAUGAAAAUCCCAGACAAGAGUUACCUCCCUGAGUACAUGUCAGACUAUGUGAAGAAAGACAAUGAGAAAUUUGAAAUGUGGGUGGCAGAACUUUUAAUGAUGAGGGAGCAGAAUAUAGAGACGGGAAAGAAGAAGCAGGAAGAUAUACGACAGACAUUUAGCCAGCUGGUAGUGGGGGAGGAAGACCAGGAAUCUCAUAAUUAUGAAUGGAUCAGUCUUCCAUGGCUGACCCACUGGCUGGAAGAUCCAGGUAAAGCCAGAUCCGUGGAUAAUGAAGCCAGUUUAUGCCAACAUGGUAAACUUCAUCCUGACAAGGCUGGGAAGAUGAAGUGUGUCCAGUAUGAUGCAGUUGAUGGUUUGUAUGAAAAGUAUAAAGGUGGACCUCGUUUGCCUGGGGAUAAAGCAACUUGUCUGAUUUGUGUGCAAAGUAGAUGCAAGGUUAUACGCACCAAGAGGAAAAUGGUGGAGGAUGAAAAACUUUUCAGUACAAUGAAGAAGGUAGAAGUUUCUCCAAAUGAACCUGCUUUCUGGGUGGGGAAAUCUUCCUUGAGGAGCUGGAAGAGGUUAGUUUUAGAGCAGCUGGAAGAUUUUAGGGAAGAUAGGGAAUCUAUAGAACAGGGAACUGAUAACGGAGUGGACCAACAGGAGCAGCCAAGUGGCACGACAGAAAUAGCAGCAGACAAGAGUAUGGAGGUACCAGAAGAUGCCAAUGACUUUGAUGAAAAAAGGAAAUCUACUGAAUUAGAUAAUGGUGAUAACACUGUUGAUAAGGCAGACAUUUCUGUGACUAAUGAGAGCAUGGAAAGUUCUCUGCAGUUCAAUGAGGAUUUACUUUGUGAGUUUCAUGGUCAGUUAGAUCCAGAUCCAUCAUGUCGGAAAUUGAUACCAGCAGAUCUGUGGAAUAGAUUGAAGGAAUAUUUCCCAGACUGUCCAGAAUUCCCUAGUUCACAUGAAGUUUGUCAGAAAUGUUGUGAUAAGAAUAAAGAAGAAACUGAAAAUCAGAACAUGAACAAAAAAUUAGCUCAAGUCCAGAAAGCAGAUCUUGCAGAUCUGUUCAAUGACAGAAAAAGGCCAGUAAGACUUGUGACCGGAGAGGAAAUUUUCGUGGUCAAUGCACAGUUUGUGGAAGACUGGAGGCACUUUGUUAAAGACCCAAGCAAAUUCGAACCUGUGUCAGAAGUGAAAAAUACCCGUUUGCUUUGUGAACACCGAAAAUACUUGUACCCACCACCCCAGAAUGGCGCGGAUCUAUCCGACAAUACAGAGGUGAUCUAUCUCUGGCCAUCAGAAUUCGAAAAAGUUAUGGAGCACUUUGUUGUUGAUUAUGAGGUAUCUGUUGUGAAGUAUGAAGAAGAGGACGGUUCUGAUCACGUGAUCACGCUUCCAGAGGUGUGCGAGGAGUGUGUGAAAGAGCGCGAAAACAUGAUUGAAAUGGCCAAGUAUGUGUAUAGGGAUGCUACUGUGUUCGUACGAAAAGCUGUUAAAGACAAGCAAGGAGAUACCUCUACUGAAAAUUCAAAACAAGACUAUCCUGAUCCAGAUUUCUGCACGAACGAUCGUCGAAAAUCCGAAUGUGACGAACCACCCGAAAAGUUACAGAAAAUGGAUGGGAAUGCCGUGAGGAAAAGUCAGCGGCAUCGGAAAGUCCGCGGAGAGAAAGAAUUAAAAGUGUCGUCUGAUCAGACAUUAAGGGAUUUAAAACUGCAGCUGAUGAAAUUAUUCUCUGUGCCCCCAUUUGACCAAAAUCUAUCGAUUGCGGGAGUUCCGAUAAAAGACGACAAGGCAACCCUGGGGAGUCUCCGUGUAGCGCCGGGUGACAUUAUCAUGCUGCAGGCUGAUGAACCUGUGGAGGAUCCCGGAGUUUUACAGGACCUGAUGAAUGUGUCUGGCGUUCCAGAGGCCGGAUUUAAAGGGACGGGUCUCUUAGGGAAACUAAAUUAAAGUGCUUAAAUUAUGACCCCCAAAUGAGAUUUGGGAAUAUUAUUAUUUUUUCUUCCUUUUUAACUUUUUUUUCUGUCCAUUAGAGUUACAGAAUUUUACGUUUCGUACUCAUUUGUAUAUGAUGUUGGUGCAUGUUGAUGUACUUUAGCUGAAUGUCAUCUGAUUGGCAUAAUUUGUGUAUCAGUUUUUUUUCUUUGUCUGAAUUUCAAGUUUAGAAUGUAUUAUUUGGAAUGUGUGACAAAAAAAUGCGCACGGAUACUGAAAUUAUGACCGAGAAUAUAAAAAAAAACUUGAAGCACGUGAAAUACUUUACUAAAUAAAUGCUAUUAGCUAUAAAAAUUAUUGACAGGGUAUUUUGUUAAAUUAUUGUAAUUCGAAUGCUCGAUGAAAAUAAUCGUUAUCGAUAUACAUUCUUUUAAGAAAAUAAGACCUUGGUCGUUUGGGAUCAUCCGUUACGAUCUUUACAUCAAUGGCUGUUGAUGACUAAAUAUUACAAGGACCAUGACAUUUGAAUCGUGUUGUUAGAGUUAUCGCCCGUCUAUCAUGAACAUAUCUUGCGUUUUGUUAAGUUUUCUGUUAUAGUCAUUGCAUGUACAUCAUACUAGUAUUCAGCUGUUUUCACUUGUUUGUAUAUGUUAUAUCUCAUUAGAAUUCUUUGUUGCCCCCUUGAAAUUUGAGCACAAAAUUUCUUUGAUCUCGUCAGGUUUCUCUUAUGGUGUACUAGUAGUUCUCAAUUGCAAUUAUUUUUAGUCAUAAAAUGCAUUGUAAAUGUACGAAAAAUGUUUUCCUUGAUUAAGAGGUUUACUAUUCUGAUUGUAAUA